GUUAUUUCUGUGCCCCGGGGCCUGGUGCAUAUGGCCAUGUGAGUGCCCGGCGGAACACGUGUAAUGUACCGGGGGUGGAGCCAGGAGGGCAAUACGGGGAGCUCACAGUAGCAGGUCUGUCUGUAGAAAGGAAGGAGAUCUAUUGCUAGAGUGUGUGACUAAUAGUUCUAUAUUAAGCAUGAAGAAUACAGAGAAUAUCUUGACCUCAGAAAACAAUAUGGCGACUCCAUGGGAGCGGUUUGAGUUUGAUGAAGUUGCCGUUUACUUCUACAAGGAGGAGUGGGAUUGUCUAAAGGAAAAGGAGAAGGAACUCUAUAGGAAUGUAACAAUGGAUAAUUAUCAGAUGCUCCGAUCGCUGGGUUGUGUUAAUAUGAAGCCGGCAGUCAUAGCGAUGAUUGAACGAGGAGAAGAACCAUAUGUCAGAGGUCAUGAGCAGCCCCAGAAAACAAAUCCAAAAAGAACCACAAAAGUGUGGUCCUGGUCGGCUCUACGUAUGGCCGUUUGCGCAUGCACAGUUGCGCGUCACGGAUGCUGUUGAGUCCGACAACGUCAUUACAGGGUGGAGGGUUUGGGUGUUAAAUGAAGGUUCCAGUUACCGAAAAAUCUAUGAAGACCAUCAUGUUUCAUUUAGUGCAACCAAUUCUUUGAUGGAAGACAUCCAUUUUCUCAAGCAUAGUCAAGACACAAGUAACAUUAACAUUAAUAAUGCUCCAAAGGUUAUGAACUUUGAGAAUGCGAGAACAGAAAAUAUGACCAAUAAGGGGUGUUUCCAGAAAACGGCUCUAGCAAAGGAAAUUAAUAAAAAGAUAUCUGCAACGGUGCAUAAGUGCCGAGCUUGUGAUAAAUGUUUUACUGAUAAAUCACUUUAUUUAUCUCACAAACUAACGCAUGCCAAAAACAGACAGUAUAACUGUUCAGACUGUCCGGAAUAUUUUAAUUGCAAAUCAGACCUUGUUAAACACCAGGCAAUUCACAAAGUAGCGAAUAAUGUAUCUUGUUCCAAAUGUAGCAAACGUUUUAACAGUAAAUCAGCUCUUAUAAUCCACCAGAGGAUUCAUACAGGAGAGAAACCAUUUGAAUGUCCUGAAUGCAAAAUCUGUUUUAGCCAACCUGCUAUGCUUAAAAGUCAUAUUAUGAUACAUACUGGAGAGAAGCCUUUUACAUGUCUUGAAUGCAAAAUGUGUUUUAGACAAGCGACUAUGCUUAAACAGCAUAUUAUGAUACAUACUGGAGAGAAGCCUUUUACAUGUCCUGAAUGCAAAAUGUGUUUUAGACAAGCGACUAUGCUUAAACAGCAUAUUAUGAUACAUACUGGAGAGAAGCCUUUUACAUGUCCUGAAUGCAAAAUGUGUUUUAGACAAGCGACUAUGCUUAAACAGCAUAUUAUGAUACAUACUGGAGAAAAGCCUUUUACAUGUCCUGAAUGCAAAAUGUGUUUUAGAAAAGCGACUAUACUUAAACAGCAUAUUAUGAUACAUACUGGAGAGAAGCCUUUUACAUGUGCUGAAUGCAACAAGGGAUUUAUACGAAAGACAAUGCUUAUUAGACACCAGAAGGUUCACACAGGAGAAAAGGAGUUUGUUUGCUCAGAAUGUGGAAGUAGAUUCUCUGAAAAGGCAAAGCUUUUAAGACACCAAAGGCUUCAUACAGGAGAGAAUCCAUUUGUUUGCCCUGAGUGUGGGAAAUGUUUUAGAUGGAAUUACCAGCUUAAUAAUCAUCAACUUUGUCAUUAUUGAAAUUUUGCUUGUCCUGAUUAAACAUGAAACGAUUCACUUAAAGAAGAA